AUGUCAAAUCUCAACAAGCUUGACUUUGUUGCUUUGGAAGUUUCCGGAAGGAACUAUCUCAAGUGGACCCAAGAUGUCAAGCUUCAUCUGACUGCAAAUAAGAUGAGAUCAACGAUUAUUGCUGACAACAUCACCCCUGAAGACAUGAAGGCAAGGGCUAUGAUUUUCAUCAGGAAACAUAUGGAAGAAGCACUCAAGGUGGAAUAUUUAGCUGAAGAGGACCCAAGAUCUCUUUGGGUCGCUCUAGAAGAGCGAUUCAACCAUCAAAGAGCCAUCUACUUGCCGGAAGCAAGACACGAUUGGCAGAACAUACGCUUCCAGGAUUUCAAGACUGUCAAUGAGUAUAACUCUGAAAUCUGCCGGAUUCGCAACAAUACAGGGAAAGAAACUUUGCUAGAUUCUCUGAAUUAA